GUGUCAGUCAGUUAGUUUAGCUAGCUGUUGCUUCUUUUUGGUGUGGUUUUUUAUUUAUUUUGAGAUAUUGUAUUAAAUUAAAUGGAACGAUUAACAACAUGAAAUUAGAUAUGUGAAUUCUACUUCAUAAUCAUCCCGUCAGAAGUGAAUCGAUACGUCUUAAAAAAUGGCUCAUUCAACGUUCAGCGCUACUGACGAAUACGGGUUUGAGAGGCACAAGGACUUCGACUACGAGAGCUAUGAAGAUUUUAUGUCAGUAUACCUGCGAGUUCUGGCAACGAGGGCACAAAAAUGGUCCUCCCUGCUCGGCGAAGGAAAGUCGGUCAGGCGAACGAACACGGUCAAGAGAUACGUGAGAAAAGGGAUUCCGAGCGAACAUCGUCCAUCAGUGUGGAUGGCCAUAUCUGAGGCAGAGAUGAUGAGGGAGCAGUCUCCAGACCUGUUCCACAAAAUUCUGGAUGCUCCCUUCGAGAAGGAGCUGGUUGAUCUAGUGAAGACCGACUUACCCCGCACCUUCCCUGACAACAUAUACUUCACGAAGGAGGCCAACCACCAGACACACCUGUUUCACAUACUCAUUGCUUACGCUCAUAGUAACCGAGUGGUUGGGUACUGCCAAGGACUGAACUACAUUGCAGGCCUAUUGCUCCUGGCAACCAAGAGUGAGGAGACCUCAUUCUGGCUGCUGAAAGUGCUGGUGGAGAAGAUCCUGCCGGACUAUUACACCCGCACCAUGGACGGACUCAUUGUGGACAUUGAGGUGCUGUCCGAGCUUGUCAAGUCCAAGGUGCCUGAUGUGCACCAACAUGUCAUCAACCUGGGCCUACCCUGGGCAGUAAUAACAACCAAAUGGUUCGUCUGUCUCUUCGCCGAGGUCCUCCCCAUCGAGACAGUGCUGCGGAUAUGGGACUGCCUGUUCUACGAGGGCUCUAAGAUCCUGUUCCGCGUGUGCCUGACGCUGAUCAAGUCCAACCGCGCGCAGAUCCUCGCGUGUAACGACUUCACCACGCUGGCCGAGUGCUUCAAGGCCAUCGUGAAGAACGCCAGCGCGCUGCACUGCCAUGAGUUCAUGCAGGCGAUAUUCAAAGUACCUGGCACGCUCUCGAACGCGACGAUAGCGAAGCUGCGCGCGCGCUUCGCCAAGCAGCGGCGCGAGCAGCAGCAGAAGGAGCCCCCGCGGUGAGCGCCGCCGCCCCCCGAUCUCAACCGUUAUGCAGUACCAAAUUAAUUUAUAGCUCUUCUUUUUCUACUCUAACCCACAAACGUAAGGUUUUUUUAAGCGUCUGUAGCACUCACAUUAAAUUAC